AUGGCUGGAGUUCACGGCAGAUUUUUGACAGAAAAUCAAAUUGCUUCCAUUUUGGAAGAAAUUCCAAUUGAUAAUGCACAAUAUACGGAUAUUGAGAGUGAAGAUGAAGAUGAAGAGGUGAUGACUUCACUGAACGAUGAAGAUCAGUUUUUGAUUGAAUUUCUAAAUCAAAUUCAGGAAGAAGAAAAUGAAGAGACAAAUAUUUUGCUGGAAAAUUUCCGUAGCACAGUUUUUGAAGAACCGUUGCGGAAAUGGAAAAAAGUUGAGAAACCCACCGUGGUUUCACAAUUUGACUCAGUAGAGGGACCAGUAACUGGUUUUUUUGAGGAUAUGGAAACGCCAACACAAUUUUUCGAAUCUUAUAUGGAAGCCAUUAUGGAAGGAAUCAUAUUUCAUUCAAAUUUAUAUGCGGCACAAAAAAAUAAAACUUUGAAUCUACAAAAAAGUGAACUAUUGGCAUUUAUCGGCAUAAAAUUUUGUAUGGCCUUCCAUCAGCUGCCAAGUUAUCGUUAUUAUUGGAGUAUCACUGAAGAUCUGGCAGUCCCCGUAGUAUCAAAAGCCAUGUCCCGAAACAGAUUUGAUUUGAUUUUACGUUUUUUGCAUGUAAAUGAUAUUUCUAAAAUUCCGGAAAACAAUAAGGAUCGGCUAUUGAAAAAUGUGCCCUAUGAUUGA